CUUCUUUCCACAUCAUGUUGGGCUUGCAUGGGGCUUGCCUACACACCAGUGGUGUAGUCUACGUGAUACGCAGAUGGAUAUUGAAGAUGUUUUAGUAGCAAGACAAAGAAGCAGGAGAUUGGCAGGGCAGCUCAUUUUGCCGUCAGUAGUCUACAGGGUCGCGGGGGGCUGGAGCCAAUCCCAGAUGACAUCGGACAAAAGGCGAGGUUUUGCAGGAUGAAGAGGAGCUACAAGCCAGAGUUCUACUUUGUUUAGUUAAUUAUUAUUUCUCUAGGAGCACCUUUUAAAAAGGAUCAGGAGACAGCAGGCUUUCACAGUGACAAACAGGCAUCAUGAAGCUGGGACGGCGUCUCUCUGUUUGUGUCCUGCUGGUACUUUCUGUGACAUGGAGCACAAAUGCAGGGAACAUUUUGGUGUGGUACACUGAAGGCAGCCACUGGAUUAACAUGAAGCCUGUGCUGGAGACACUGAUCGACAGGGGACACCAGGUGACGGUUCUGGUCCCAAGCGUGUCGAUGUUCAUGAACAGCAGUGAGCCUUCCGGCUUUCGCUACGAACCCUUCAACGUCUCCGUCUCUAUGGAGGUCAUAAAGGAGUUCAUGGAAGAGUUCCUUCAUUUCUCCAUGUACGAGAUGGAUCAUAUGAGCUACUUGCAGAUUUACAUCAGAUUCAUCAGUCUGAUGAAGUUCAACCAAAAUUACACUUUGAAGAAUUUGGACGGCGUGCUGAAAUCAGAAACCAUCAUGAAGAAGCUGAAGGAGGGAAAUUAUGACCUUCUCCUGGCUGAUCCCGUCUACGCCGGCAGUGACUUAGUAGCAGAGAUUUUGGGCAUCCCCCUGGUCUUCUCCCUGCGCUUUUCUCUAGCCCAUAACUGGGAGAGACAGUGUGGUCAGCUACCAGCUCCACCUUCCUUUGUCCCCGGCGCAAUGAGCAAACUGACUGACAAGAUGGACUUCUCCGAGAGAGUGUGGAACUUCCUCUUCUACGCACUGCAGGAUAUUGUGCUGGAUAACAUUUUUUGGAAAGAACUAGACAAAUAUUACUCUGAAGUCAAAGGAACACCCACCAGUGCCUGUGAAGUGAUGGGUA